UCUGUGCUGGGCGCUCCACCUGAAGCCUUCGUUGGGAUGGAGCAGCACGCAGGGGGCACGGAGAACCCCGUCCUCCAGGACAGGGCCAGCCCGGAGGAGCGGGGGGAGAGCCCGGCCUCCAGCGGCCCCCCGCCGUGCAAGCUGAGCCGCCUGGAGGUCAACGGCAGCCCAGCGAACCCACAAGGCCGGCAGAACGGCACGCCGCUGAGACCCCUGGGAGGUUUGAUGAUCCCGGUGUACUGUGUGGUCGAGCACGCAGAGGCGGGAUUGGCUGGAGAUGGCGAGGGGCGCGGGGACCGCCACGCCGAGUUCGUGCUGGUUCGUAAGGACGUCCUGUUCACGCAGCUGGUGGAGACGGCACUCGUGGCACUCGGAUACUCCAACAGCUCGGCCGUACAGGCACGUGGCAUCAUUAAAGUGGGCCGGUGGAAGCCGAUGCCCAUCCACUACCUAACAGACGCACCAGAGGCAACAGUGGCCGACAUGCUCCUGGAUGUUUACCACAUGGUCACACUGCGGAUCCUCCUGCACAGCUUUGCCCGACUGGAGGAGCUGCCGUCGGAGCAGUGGACUCACGCCACGGUGAGGAACGCCCUCAAAGAGCUGCUCAGAGAGAGCAACCAGAGCGCUCUGGCCAAGGAGUGCCCCCUCUCCCAGAGUAUGAUCUCGGCGAUCGUGAACAGCUCCUACUAUGCCAACGUCUCCACCUCCAAAUGCCAGGAGUUCGGACGCUGGUAUAAGAAGUACAAACGCAUCAAAGGUGAAUACUUUGAGAAGAUGUGGUCAGCACAGGACAAGUCGGACAUUAAAGUGGAGAGGGAUUUUGACCUGAGCAUCAUCAGCCAGCGUCCUCCCUCCCUCUUACCCUCCUCCGCCCAUCUGAGCACCACCAGUGGCCCGGGAGCUCAUCCCAUCAAGUCUGCCCAUGGCGAAGCUCAGCCCCCCACCCAGCCUCACUGUCUGCCCCAUCCCGCCAGUCAACACCACCCCGGUCCUCAGAUGCGUCCCCAAGCUCCACCGCUCAUGGGCCACAGCGGCCUCAUGUCCCCCCACCUCGUCCGUCAACAGCUCGCCAUGGCCCACCUCAUCAACCAGCAGCUGGCCGUCAGCCGCCUGCUGGCCCACCAGCACCCUCAGGGAGUCAACCAGCAGUUUCUCAACCACCCGCCCAUCCCAAGGGCCUGCAAGGGCCCCGGGGCCGGGACUGAGCCCGGACUCAACUGCUCAGGGGCCGAAGUGUCCCCGGACAUCUACCAGCAUGUCAGGAAUGAGCUGAAGAGGGCCAGCAUCUCGCAAGCGGUGUUUGCUCGGGUAGCUUUCAACCGCACACAGGGCUUGCUGUCGGAGAUCCUUCGUAAGGAGGAGGAUCCUCGCUCUGCGUCUCAGUCGCUGCUCGUCAACCUGAAGGCCAUGCAGAACUUCCUCAACCUGCCCGAGGGCGAGCGGGACCGCAUCUACCAGGAGGAGAGAGAGAGAAGCACCAACAGCAACCACAACCACCCCACCAACCACAUCCCCACCAGCAACACACACAGACUCACACAGUCAAAGUGCAGUGUGUCCGUCGCUGAGCUGCCGCUGAAGCUCGACUCGCUGGUGAACAUCUCGUCUGGGAUCUAUGACGAGAUCCAGCAGGAGAUGAAGAGGGCCAAGGUCUCCCAGGCUCUGUUCGCCAAGGUGGCCGCCAAUAAAAGUCAGGGUUGGCUCUGCGAGCUGCUACGGUGGAAGGAAAGCCCGAGCCCCGAUAACCGCACGCUGUGGGAGAACCUGUGCACCAUCCGGAGGUUCCUGGCGUUAUCGCCGACCGACCGGGACCAGGUCUACGAGGAGGAGUCGAGGCAGCAGCACAGCGAGAGGCUCCAGACCGUCCUCCACAUCCCGGACCAGCAGGCACUCCACAGACAGCCCCUGCCCCCCCUCACAUCCCUGUCUCCUGUCCAUGAAGACCCGCAGCCCGUUCCAAUGCCGGUGUUGCACGUCUCAGAAGACGGGUCCCAGCGUGGGAUGAGCCCCGGGGGACCAAAGAAAGCCAGAUCCCGGACACGCAUCUCCCUGGAGGCCCUGGGGAUCCUGCAGAGCUUCAUCGGAGAUGUGGGCCUCUACCCCGACCAGGAGGCCAUCCACACCCUGUCAGCCCAGCUGGACCUACCCAAACACACCAUCGUCAAGUUCUUCCAGAACCAACGCUACAACGUCAAGCACCACAACCCGGCCCGGGAGUCCGUCCCCGAGGAGGACGACAGGGACAGCUUGAGUCCCAGUGAGAGAGGCGCCGGAGCGGGGGAGAGCCGAGGGGAGGAGGGCUUCUCUGCCUCUGAGGAGUCCAGUGAGGAUGGGAGAGGAUCAGUGGAGGUGUUCAGAACAGAGGGAGGAGACAAAGGAGAGGAGAGAGAGGUGGGGAUGGAGAAGGAGGAAGGGGACGAUGGGAAAGCCUCUGUUCAGGUGACAUCCUCCCUGUCCCCUUACAGCAGCCUGGACAGCCCCCCCUCUGCAGAGCAGCAGAGAUAACGGCAGAGAGACGAGCAGAGACACAACUGUGAAGAGCACACACAGACAAUCUGUGAACACACACAUCCGUCACAUUUACCUGAGCUGAUAAUCAGAGCUCGAUAAUAUCUGAACAACUGUGGGAACUGGGAACUGGUCACAAGGUACAAACACUACCUUCAGGUUCCACCAGUCUUGAUGCUGUGUGCCGGUGGUAUUUCUGGAUCCUUUUUAAAAGCCAUAUUUCCGCCUCUGUUUUCAGUUUUCCAGUGAGGAUGGAAAAAGCAUUAGAUCAUCACUACAUUUUCCAGAGUACACAUGGUGACACUGAAAUCUCAGAGGCCCUCUGUAGUUCAUACACUUCUCCUGCAGCUCCCUCUAUAACUAAAUGCACACUGUGUAUUUAGUUUAAAAGGACUUAAAGAUACGGUUAAUACAGAUUUCUGCAGGAGAAGUUUCCAUAAUUAGUUUCUUUCUUUAAGGGCGACAAAGUUAAAGUUUAUUUCUUUAUUAUUUGUAGAGGUUCAGGGAGAACACAGAGGGUAAUUGUUUACAGAGGAAGAUUAUUCCGCAUAUCAACCAGACUCCAUUAGGAAACAUCUGAAUUAGACAUGUUCUCACCAGGAGAACUGCAUCAGGAACCAUAAACACUGUACGUGCUUCACUCUCUGACUGGUCCAGGAUCAUUCAAGUAAAAGUUUGACCUUAAUGAGAAAUAAACACUUGGAUUUGUUUCUGCACAUCCUGUAUAACAGGAAAAUCUUCUGAAACUGGUCUCAUAUUAGAAACAAUUCAGACCUGUAUACGAAUCUAACAUCUAUAAAUGAGCCUUCAGUGGUGGAAUCACUCAGCUCAUUUCUUACAGACUUAUGUGAAGGUCUGUGAACUUUGGAAAAUGCUGGAAAAUAACACUAGAACAUCCACAAGUAUUUCUGUUCGACUUAUAUUUUUAGUAAUAUAUAAUUUAUCGUCUGUGUCCUUUUUAAGCAGCUCUUGCAUUAACUGAGCUGAGUGGGACACUUGAGUCUCUACUGACAAAUCUGUCCCAUCCCAUCCUCACUUUCAUAUUUAUUACCAACUUUGUGUUAUUAAAGUCAAAGUAUUAUUGUUGAUUCCAUAGUUUUGCUAUGAUUCUGUUUGAUGUGACUUUGUUAAUGUGACAGGAGAAGAAGUUUGAGCUCAGUGUUACACGGUUUACGUUUAAACUUACUUUUUUUUUUUUUUUUUACAGUUUCAAUAUCAUGUAAAUGUUGACAAUCCACCUGCAAGAGGGAAUCUGUGGUGGUGUGUGUGGGAAGCAGCCACUGUCCCACUGUUGUAUUCUGUGCCACAAAGGAAGAGAGGGUAUGAAAAUGGAGGAUUGAGUUUGACAAUCACCUCUGUCCUGGACGGGGGGGGGGUCUCAUUUGUUCCACUUUGAUGGUUAACCAUUGUUUGUUUGAUUCAG